GCCAGGUUUGCGGUUGUUGAUCGGUUCACGCACAAGCCACGUGGUUUCGUGGUGGAAGAUUUUGAAUAGGACAGUUUGCGUUUUAGUGCAGGAGAGAUCACCGAGGAGCUAUUAUACGCGCUGUCUAGCACAACGAGCGUCCAUCACUCUGGCGCCACUCAAAAACGCGAAAUCUCUCAUUCGGUUCUCUCGCUGAGAUCCAAGCGAUAGGUUAAACCAUGCCCUCGUUCUUGAACAAGGUCUUUGGCAGAAAGACAAGUGACGACAGAAUCCAAGCAAAGCCUUUUCAGGACUCUAAUGACAACGGCUUACUGGACGGAAAAUACGAGGCUGUUUCUCCACUGAACUUUACUGCUCCCAAUAUUAACACCUUGUCAAAGCAUCAGACGGAUAAAGAUCAUGCAGGAUUCUCGUUGUUUAGGCCUAAAUCUCGUUUUACUUCCCCUCACUCUUCGCAUAAACGCACGGAGAACCUUCCCCAAUUGUCGCUCCACCUUCCAAGUCUGAAAGACACUGCAGAGUCUCUUGAACUUGGCGUUUUCGAAGUUGAUCCCGAGUCUCAAAGGAUUCUCGAUGACUCUGUCAUCGGUGCAAAGCUCCUGAAUCCUUUGGAAGCUCUUAUACUUGUUCGAGCCUGUGCCCAGACCAUCACUGAGCGAGGCUUGGAAACUCUUGGAAUCAUGCACCCUCGUUGGCACUCUGCGUCACCCGAUAUUCAACGAAAGCUGAUCUCGCUCUUUAUCCAUUCUUUGGCUCCCAAAAGCCGCACAACCGCACUCUCUCCAACGCCUGUCGCGGCAAUAUCCGCCUUUGAGGCUGAGCUCGAGUACACCCGCUCUCCUCAUGAUGUUGCAGCUGUCCUCCGUUGGGGCCUUCGUCACCUUGUGCUUGAAAAUAACUCCUUCGGCAAGGAUGUCUCUGCACCUGAAUGGGCGUGGUACAAGUCCUUUUUCGAUGCUGAAAAAGGGGCAUCGUAUCCACCCAAGAGUUUCACGGAGUUGCUCCUCCCCAAGCUCCCUCAAGCGCACAUCGAAUUGCUUCUUGCGACUGUUGACAUCAUAUCCGCAUUAGCUUCGCAUGCUGAAGCGAACAGCAUCUCUGGUAGCAAGCUUUCCAAGUUUUUGGGCUUAUGGUUACUCACCGCGACGAGGACCGAGCAAACCGACAACUGGACUACCUUUUAUGCUCGAUGGGAACGCGCUGGCCGGAUUUUGGAGCAUUUGUUCCUUGCACGAAUCAGGGAGGAAAGCUUCAACUCUCGACUGCCCACCCGACUUCAGGAACUUGUCAAGCACUAUCCAUAUUCGAGGGGCUCACGCGAUAUUGAAGAGGGUCUUCUUCCCCAUCCUCGCUUCUCUACGCGGAGCUGCAGUGUCCUCUUCGUGCGCAUAGAAGUCCUUCUGUCAGAGUCUGCACCACAACCCAAACCAUCGCCCGUUCGCCUUCUCUUGGAUGCAUUCAACCUAUCUUCUGAAGGUAAAACCUUUGAGCAUGUUGAGUUGUGGAACGCGCUCAAGACUACCGCCACCGAAAUUACCUCUACAUCCUCGGCAGCUGGUGCUCAGGAUGGCCCACAGUUCGGUCGGGUAUUCGUGGAUGAGACGAUCCACCUCCUCGCGUCCACAUCUCGUAACGCCUCUUCUCCAAUCAUGUCUCCAACGAUUGAAGUGGCAUCGCCCGUGCCCAGACGCUCUUCGCCCUUUAACAAGAUUUUCGAUCGUAGUAAGGACAAUGCUGCCCAUGGAAACGGUAACGGGAACAGUGCAACGUCCCCCGUCUCAUCUGUUUCCUCGCCAAUUAUCAGCGACUGGGCACAGUUCUCCACUAGCGGCUUCGGUGAAACAAGUUCAGUCACACCCCUCGCUGCAACGCUCCUCGAUACAGACAAAGAUGUUGAGAUUACAGAGCCGCUUGCGUUCCCUAAGUCGAGUAAGAGAUGGGGCAGGUCACGCUCGGGACAACGCUCCGCUGACUCCCCAUACGAGACGAGCACCAAAGAGCCCGCAGUCCUCAGCACCAAACUCGCGAGUGUCCACAUGACACAAGUUGAUGAGGCCUUCAUUGAUUUCUGGUCUGACGCCAUUACAGACCCCAUCACGGAGAACUGGCCCUCAUUUGUUAUCUGUGGGCUCAAGCCGUUGCCUACGAAUGAAGCUGUCAGUUGGCUCAUCGUCGAGCAGACGUAUGUACGCCAGCAGCCCCCGCAGCCUCGCACGACGUCUCCCGAGCGCCGUGGUCGCACGUCGCCCCGCCCUUCGUUCCGCUCAGAUAUUUCUGGCACGCUUGCUGCUACGAGGAAGCGAUUCAGCUUUUUUGGUGGGACCAGUAAGACGGGUUUGACAGGGCAAGAAGGGUAUAAUGGGAAAGUCGCCCAAGGUCGGUGAGCUUGGUGAGAUCUUGCCUGAGGAAGAUAGAUCUGAGACGCCGACGGCUGUGACGAGUACAAGUAAGGAACUUGGACUGGGCAUCG